CGCGCACCGCCCCUUUCCCGGGCAGCGGGAAAUGGGAACGUGGGGCUGGGAGCUGGAAACUUGGAGCUGCUGCCGAAACUAAUACCCAUCUCAAGAUGGAAGAACCAGUGCUUGAUAAAAUGACAUCUUUGUGCAAUACUCCAAAGGAUUCUGGGACAGCAGCUCCACAGGGGCCUAGUUCAGGGAAACAGCCAAUGAGUGCAGCUCUGAGGGAGCGAUUAAGGAAAACGAGACGUUCGUUUAAUGCUAAUUUUACAGUGGCAAAGCGGCUCAAAGUAGAUACUGAAGAAAAAGACAGUGCUGGUGCUGACAAAGGGUGUAUGUCAAAGACAGCUACAGAUUGUUCCAGAUUACAAGAUGGUUCUGAAAACCUGGAUGGAAAUGGAACUGGACAUACAUCUUUCAAGAGUUCUUUGCAGGCAAAUGAUCUCUAUGGAUCAGUAGAGAACUCUCAUUUGCUGCAGGCGAGUUUUAAUCUGCAGCAGUCCCUAGAAGAAAAAGUAAGGCUGGUGAAACAAGUGCAAGAGAAGGAAGAACUACUUCGAAGGCUCAAAAUGGUGAAGAUGUACAGAUCUAAGAACAACCUGUCUGAACUGCAGGCUUUGAUAGUGAAAUGGAGAAGCAGUACCCAGCUGAUGCUAUAUGAACUACAGUCAGCCUUUUCUGCAGAUGGCAAGAAAGUGAGUCUCACUCAUCUGAUAGAUUCUUUUGGAUUAGAAGACCAAUUAUUGCACUACAGCCGAACAGAAGAAGAUUUUGUAGAUGCAUAA